AGAUCCUGGUGAUCAUCCCUCGCACCCAGCUCCCCUCUUACUUCACGCAUCACACGCACACUCCCUACUUCAACAUGCAGCUCUCACUCACUCAGUCCGUCGUCUUCGUCCUGCUUGUCCUUGAUGGAACAAGCGCGGCGGUGAUUCCGCAUGAGCGGCGCGCCGCAUUGGUGACGGAGCCACAAGGGCUCGUCGACCCCGUUUCUGUCACCGGGCUCGAGAUCCUCCCAGAUGUGACGGUGACCCUCGACGGUCUGCAUAUGCAUCAGCGUGGUCUACUGGAUCCCCUACUAGGUCCGAACGGGAUCCUGGGUGCCCUUCCCGGCCUACUCACUGGGCUUCUCGGCACAGUCACUAACGUCCUUGGUGGCGUGCUCGGAGGACUGGGACUUGGAAGUAUCCUCAUCGCCGACCCUUCUACUGGAGCGCAGGGUAUGCAUGUCUACCUCGUUCAAGCCAGCAAUACGUCGAUCGCCAUGGCUACUGCUACCAACGCCACUGACCCCGCACUGCUCGCUGCUACGAACAUGUCCAACUCUGAUCUAGUGCUCGCAACUCUUCACGUCCCCGUCGUCAACCAAACUACGAUGAACAUUGCAGACAUGUGUAUCACCUCCACCGGCCCUAGCGCGAACAACAUGACUGCCUCACCCUGUCGGGACGUGUCGCUCGCCCAGCUCUUCGUGUACAAUACCAAGAAUAAUGCUGUGUAUUCCGUGACGGAUCUUCUCACCUGUUCAUACGCCGCCGGGAACGCAACGACCGCCUCGCCUGGAGCUGCUCUGACUGGGACUGCCAAUAUCAUCAUGGUCGAGCGCGAUGCCCCGACAUUGCCUGCCUGCAAUGGGACAAUGAAGGCUAUCACGUUCACCCCUGCAAAUUCCAACCCUAAUACUCAAGCGCCUGUGACCGUAGCUCCUGGACAGGCCGUCGGCACCACCGGGAGCACUACCGCGCCGAGUCUGGACUAUGCUGCCGGGGAUCACGACCCCAACGCGAUGACGGAUGGUACUGCUAAUAACAAUGACGAGUAGAGAUUCAAUUGUACAGGAUCUGUGAUGGUUGUACAUAAACAAAAUAU